GCCAACCCAAAAGAUAUAUAUGAAGUUGAAUACAAGCUGCCACGGCUCUAUGCAAGACUGUUGGGUUUCCUUUAUUCCCCAAUGAUCUUUGAUUCUUCACCACAUUGGAAGAGAAGGAGGCUCACUACCAUUGAUCCGAUGGAUGAAGUUGCUGCCAAGGCUGCUCUUGAAGCUGUGAAACAAAAGUUUGGCCGUGAAAUCCAUGUAUUUGAAACAUCAACAACUUCUCAAACACCAGAUGAAGCAUCCAAUAGUGAGGAGACAGAUGACUUCUAUGAGUUCACUGCAGAAGAUUAUUAUCGAAUUUUGGCCACCAAAAAGGAAGAUAAAUUCUUGAAGACACGAAAAAUCCGAGAAGCAGAAGAGGCUGCUCGCAAGUCGAGAAUAACAAAAGUGCCGACUGGACCUUCCUUUGCUGUCAUUCGGGUGAGAUUCCCUGAUAAUCACACUUUAGAGGCCACAUUUCAUCCAUCGGAGACACUUCAGAGCUUGGUUGAUCUCCUUAUGAAAGUGAUUGCUCAACCAGAACUACCAUUCUACAUAUAUACUGCUCCCCCUAAGAAGCAAAUAAAAGAUAUGUCACAGGAUUUUUACUCUGCUGGGUUUGUUCCUGGUGCAAUCAUCUAUUUUUCAUAUGAUCAACCAAAGGGCAAUGAUGGUGCAGCUGGAAAUUCGGGUGCCUGCCUUCGAGAAGAAAUCAUGUCUUUGAAAGGGUUACAUCUUGUCACUGAGCUGGUAGAACCCGUCCGACCUGCAAUUGAACCUGAAGCUGAAAAAGCGGCUCCUCCCCCUGUUGCCCAAGAGCCCAAGCCUGCUCAGAAAAAACCUGUUAAGCCAAAGUGGCUGAAAAUGUGAUGUCUGAUUCUUCCAAAAUGCAGGAAAGCUCCAGCAAGUGACAUCAAUUGUCCAAUUUUUAUAUUAAUCUGUCAUGAAGGGGGGUAGAUAGCAAACUGGGCAAAAUCAUCCAUGAUUAAGUAAAGGUUAAAAGCUUCAAGAGGUCAAACUAUAUCUCUUUGCUUUUGGCAACCCUCAUGUGUUAAUUUUAUACUACAUCUUCUGUUUCGUGUGAAUUUAGGUGUAUCAUGCAUCAAUCUAUCAGAAGUUAGUGUGGUUGCUUUCUUUUCUUAAAUUGCUUUGAA